AUGGCUCAACAACAGCAGCAAGCGUCACAGAUGGCAGCUGCGUCCGCAAGCAGCUUCAACGUUGACAAGUCUCAGAUUCCACGACCUUACAAGUGCCCCCUUUGCUCCCGCGCAUUCUACCGCCUCGAGCAUCAGACGCGCCACAUUCGCACUCAUACAGGCGAGAAACCGCACCAGUGCACGCAUCCUGGAUGUGAGAAGCGCUUUAGUCGCAGCGAUGAACUAACCAGGCAUGUUCGAAUACACACCAACCCUAAUCACAAGAAGGACGAUGCUGCGAAAGCAUCAAUGGCCAAGAAAGGCUCCAGCGGCGCACAGCAGAAGACCAGGUGGCAGGUUGGCGAUGAAGACGGCGACAGCGAUUCAGAUGAUGAGGAUAAAUCUGGCUACUCGAGACAGCCUGAACAGCGCACAGAGCAGAUAUCUGCGUUGGCAGAUCUAGCUACGGACGAGCUCGCCCAUCUGCAGCGUGCUGAGAGAUAUGGGCGCGACCAGAGUGGUGCAGCUCACGGUGCUCCAGGCAUGCUGCACAGCGAUUCUCGCUUCGGUCCUCACGUCGCUACAUAUGCUCAUUCACCAUACCCUGGUGGACCUAUUGCUCCCACCCCUCCCGGUUGCGAGCAUGACGAGUGCCAUGGAAAAUACAACGCGCGCGUCGCAGCCUCAUUGCAGCCUCUCCACCACCAUGCUAGCGGUCUCCCUCAUCAAAGAUACGGACCGCAGGGUCCCUACUCCGGACGGGUCCAGAUGCAACAGCCCCACUACUUCUCCGCUUCGGCGACGAGCAGCAUGCCAAGCAGUCGUGAGCACUCGCCCAGAUUUUCCCCUGGCGAGAGCCUGAUGAGCGACGACUACCAGUCUGAUGGAGAGCACGAUGAGCUGAAGGGACGAGGAGCAGCAAGAGCGCACGCAUCCGCGGUUGGCUUAUCGGAAUGGACACCGUCUAGUAGUCCCGUGCUCGGCCCUCUUCGGAACAUGAGCCUCUUCGGACACCAGACUGUGCCAAACAGUCCUUUCCCAUCCAGACCAGGCUCGCCUAGUCGCGUGGGCGCGCCGCUACACUCGCCAGGCGGUGAUCGUGGCUCCCACAAUCACUCACCUCCGCAUCUAUUCCACGCCGGCCCCUCGCACACGGCUCAAAGUGGUCAUCACGGAGGUCACAGACAUCGAAGCCACCCGUAUGGACCGCCGCAGGCUGACUCCCACCUGAGUCUCUCGCGCUCUCACCACCAUUUGUCAUCACUCGGGACCGCAAGAAACGCGGGCGCACUGGCUUCGUUCGGUUCGGGUCAUCACAUUCCACCCACAACUUCUGGAGAACGCAGCACUGCGAUCGCUGUGGAUGCACGCCAUGCUGACACUAAGCGCGAAUCGGCUUCAACGCCUGGUUCCGCGUCUACAAGUCCCACGAAUCGGUACGAGUUUGGACAUGUGGCCCAUCCGCUCUCACGCCAGCACAGUACGGCUUCCCGGCGAGAACGCUCCUCAGCGCUUGGUAGCCUCAGCGCUUACCAGCUCACCCCUCUUUCAAGUGCUUCAAAUGAGGCAGCUGGACGACGAUCUCGCGUGGAGGAUAUUUUGAAUGGGGCGUCUGGCUCUUUGAGCGCCGGCAAUUCACGCGUCUCCUUGCCUAGCCUUGCGGCUGACGCAUCGUCCCGAACCUUGCCAUCGCCCUUCGCGGCGAGCAGCUCCUCCAGUCCUCAUCUGCCCAACCUGCACAAUGUCGGCCAAAGCACAAAUCAUCAGCAUCAGCAUCAUGCGCUGCAUGGAUUUAGGCCCUACGACAAUCCACACGAGCACGCUAGCAGAGGCAACAAGCAUCGAAGCAACAGCAAAAGCGCGCCUGCCAGCGCUGCCAACUCUCCCCCUGGCUCACCACGAGCUUUGCAUCGACCGCCGGUUCAGCCUCACUCGGCCAGUACCGGUGUAGCAUCUUCGUCUGCCUCCCACUCGCGUCAAAGCUCAUAUGGUUUCCAUGGCUCUGCAGAGUCGAGUCCUUCGAGCACAUUCUCUGUGGUGACGCCUUCGCAUCACGAAGCCGCGCAUCAGCCCAGUCAUACCCACCGAAGCGCAAACAAGGGUUUCUUCAGCAUGACGCCUAUCCAUCCGGCGACCACACCGACGGAUCUGGAACGCAAGUUGCCAUCACUUGGUCACGCUCUCGCUAGCAGGGAGACCAGCCCCUCGAACAUCUUGCUACCACCACCCAUGUCUGUGCGAUCCCUCGUCAGUGACACGUCCCCACGCAUCGCGACCGCAUCGGCUCCUGAUGCCGAGAUGGCGCCAGUCGCUUGA